AUGCUAUUGCUCUUACUUGGAGAAAAUCCUCUCCAAGGGUCACAAAUCACUCUGUUCAGAUUGCUGCAUGAGACGUUCUUCCAAAUCAAACUUGCCAUCAAGGAUGAGGUUGAGUAUCUUGAGAAGGCUGGAAUAAACGUCAUCCAGAUUGACGAGGCUGCUUUGGGGGAGGGGUUGCCUCUAAGGAAGUUGGAGCAUGCUUUCUAUAUGGAUUGGGCUGUCCACUCCUUCAGGAUUACCAACUGUGGUGUCCAAGAUACUACCCAGAUCCCCAGAGUUUCUAGAUUGUACAUGGGUUCUCUUAACUGCAACUUGGGGGUCUUGGUGGAGUUGUCAAAAUAGAACGGGUCGAUAUAGUAGGUGGCCCGGGCAACGCUGCAAGGUUUAUCUUUCUGGUGGAGACUUCUUGUAUUGGCGAGGAAAUUGGAAAACGACCGAAGUCCAAUAUUUGUUUGAUUCGCUAUACACAAA